GUAAUAAAAUGUAUCAGCCUGAUAUCGAUUGUAUACAUGGAAGUGUGCGCCGUGAUUGUUUCUGACCAUUGUCUAGGGUCUAGGAAGUACCAGGAAGGUGGCUUUUGUCUUCAUGAAUUGAAGGUUGCGCUGGAGAAAUUACAUGCUUCAGUUAAGCUGCUUUUUGUUAGGCAAUUCGGGACGUUUAACAACCCUAGAAUUGAGGAGUUUCCAGAUAUCGACAAGGUGACAGGCUGUAUUGUGAAGGCAUUUCGUCGAAACCCUGAUGUCGAUAUCACUUGGCCGAUGCAUAAUGGUGCUGCGAGGGGAACAGUCUUGUACACCCUUGUCCGUCAAACGGACUGCUAAUAACCAUUAUAGCCCUUUUUAUUCAUCUCCUUGUCUUAAAUUCUGUCGAUUAUUACUGGUCGACUAGACUCCGAUUACUAUAUAUAGGAUCUCGUACCUCAACCUGCAACAGCUUUCUUAGCAUACACACACCGGCGAAGGAGCUCUCUUGGGAGCUUGCAUCUCUGUCGUUCCAAGGGCGGAUAUGAGAUUCAAAAACAACAUGACUACUGACCUGGGCUCUUCUCCUGUCUUAUUUUUGAGCCGGGCCCCGUACACGAUGUUCUCUGGGCCAAUAUCAGAUGACUGGGCUAGUCGGUAACUAGCGACGAGCUCUGCUGAGAAAGACAAUAGUGCGGCUUUGGUAUUUGAAAAGGGGUUGGAAGAAGCUACUUUUACAAAGAACACUGAGCAAAAUGAUCUGGCCUAUACAGGACUGCAUGGAGGGGAAACGGUGCCAUGGAGAUCAACGUCGAGGCAAU